AUGGCGGUGCUGGAAGAAGUACCGGACGCCGAGCUGGCCGAGAUCCGGCGGCGUGUCAAGAUUCCUCGCGCGCCGAAGAACAAGAAGAUUCCACUUGCAAAGCCCUCUACCACUUCAACGGGGCAGAAGCCGCUGGUCGACCUGUCGCUGGACGACUUGAAGGCUGCCGGCGUGCAGUUCACGGAACUGCCUGAUGGCGAGCAGUUUGUGGAGGAGGACUCGGCAGACGAGGCCGACGACGAGGACGACCCCAAGACGGACGAGGAGCGCGCUCUCGAAGCAUGGUGGGACGAGUUCUUCGACUCGAUGAUCUACACCGUGCCCUUCUCCUUCCUCUUCCUCAUGCUUGACAUCUACGACAACCACCCCGACAAGAAGCACUAUGCGCAGAACUACUUUGUCGCGCUCAUCACCAUCGGCAUGAUCGUCUUCUACAGUGAGUUUGGCCAGCUCUCCGUCAAGGGAGGUGAGCUAAUGACAGCAUUACGGCACGCCUCGAACGAGUACAUGCGCGCAGGCAUGCUCCUUGCGUCCAUCGUGUGCGGCUCCCGUCUCAUCUGGAUGGUGAACAAGGCGGGGUGGUUGGACGUUAUCCAGCAGGCGCCGGCGCUUGGCACAAUCUGGAUCAUCACGAUUGUCCAGCUUCCACUGCUCCGCGCCCUCAUCGGUCUCGCCGUCGUCUCGGCCUGGGGAUACUGGGCCGAUAUGAAGCUCACUCCUUAA